AUGUUUUCUGGUCAGACCGUGGUCCGAUCGGCGAGCCGCUCACUUCAGCACGCUUCUCGCUCCCUUGGUCAGGCUUCCCGAGGCGUUGCUACCAAGUCGGCCCCCGGCCCCUCGCGCCAAUCCGCUACACCGUCCUACCUGAUCGCCGCCGCUGCUGUGGUCGGGGCUGGCGCUUCCUUCUACGCGCUCCAGUCGCGGUCCUCUCCCAUCCAGUGCGAGCCUCGUCAGGCUUGGCAUGAACGUCUCAAGCCCAAGCAGGCCAAGGGUGACGCUUCUCUCCACAAGGAUGCCCACGAGCGCCAUGCACCUGCCGCUGCCGCCGCUCACGACGAACACGUCGAGUCAGCCGAAGAUACUCCUGUCGCCAUCGAGGUAGCCGUCGAAGAGACCGAGGAACAGACCGGCCAGCAGUCCGCCUACGACCCAGAGACCGGAGAGAUCAACUGGGACUGCCCUUGCCUCGGCGGCAUGGCUCACGGUCCGUGCGGCGAGCAGUUCAAGCUUGCAUUCUCGUGCUUCGUCUACUCCGAGGCUGAGCCCAAGGGCAUCGACUGCGUGGACAAGUUCAAGGCCAUGCAGGACUGCUUCCGCGAGCACCCGGACCUGUACAAGGACGAGAUCGAGGACGACGAGGCUGCCAAUGCGCAGUUCGAAAAGGAAGAGGCAGAAGUCAAGAGCAAGGACGACAGCACUGCUUCACCAGGCAAGCGAACCGAAGCGUCCGAAAAGAAGCAAGAAAAGGACGAUGCUUCUGCAUAA